AUGGCGGACGCGUUGAGGGAGCGCACGGCGCGGCUGCUGACCGACUGCCUGGAGUACUGCGCCCGGGAGCCCGGCACCGCUGCGGGGGCGCAGUCCACGCCCGAGGCGGCCGUGCUGCGCUGCGUGGCCGCCCAGAUACAGCAGCGCAACCAGCUUCCCCCCUACCGCGGCUUCCGCGGGGACCGCGUCGAGCUGGUGGCGCAGAUGGCGCAGGCGAUACUCGGCGACCGCCACGUCCCCAGCUGGGGCCGCGUGGCGGCGCUCGUGACCUUCGUGGGGACGCUGCUGGAGACACCGCCACCGGGGACCUACCGGAAAAGGAAGCGGGGCUACAAGCUGGAUCUGAAGGAGUGGAAGGCCGGCGUUGACCAGGACUGCCCGCGCCUGGUGGCCUUGCUGUGCGCUUGGCUCACGCGGCGGCACCGCGCCUGGCUGGAGGCACCGUACGGCUGGGAGAGCGCAGCGGGGCGCAGGGAACCGCGGCGGACGGGCAGGCCGGGACCCCGCGAUGCCAGCCCCGUGGGACCGUUCGUUUCAGCAGAACUGGGACUUUCAGUGUGAAGCCCGGCUUUCUCCUCUCUUGGCAGAGUCAGACUGGCAGAUACCGGCCUCGCGAGACG